CAACUUAAACGUCCUUCAACAAGCAGCACAAGAUUUCUGCAUUAUGUCCUGGACCGUCGGUAGCUACCUCGCUGAGCGGCUUGCUCAGAUAGGGAUCGAACAUCACUUCGUUGUUCCCGGCGACUAUAAUCUCGUCUUACUGGAUAAGCUACAAGCUCAUCCGAAGCUCUCAGAAAUUGGCUGUGCUAACGAGCUAAAUUGCUCUUUUGCCGCUGAAGGCUACGCGCGAGCAAAGGGCGUCGCCGCGGCGGUGGUGACUUUUAGCGUUGGGGCUUUUUCCGCUUUCAACGGGGUCGGUGGUGCCUACGCAGAGAAUUUGCCCGUUAUCCUCAUCAGUGGUGCACCUAACACCAGUGAUUCAGGCGCCUUCCACCUCCUACAUCACACUCUGGGGACCCACGAUUUUGGGUACCAGCUCGAAAUGGCUAAAAAAAUCACUUGUGCCGCAGUCGCCAUUCGCCGGGCCCAGGAUGCACCGCGCCUCAUUGACCACGCGAUCCGGAGCGCAAUGUCCGCUAAGAAACCCGCCUAUAUCGAAAUUCCAACAAACCUCUCCAUUGCCAAUUGCCCUGCUCCAGGCCCAAUCUCUGCUGUCAUUGCUCCGGAAAGGAGCGAUGAGAUAACAUUGGCGAUGGCUGUCAAUGCUGCAUUGGACUGGCUCAAAUCAAAGCAAAAGCCCGUACUACUAGCCGGCCCUAAGCUUCGGGCGGCUGGGGCUGAAGCAGCCUUUUUACAACUGGCUGAUGCCCUUGGUUGUGCGGUUGCGGUUCUUCCUGGGGCAAAAAGCUUUUUUCCAGAGGAUCACAAGCAGUUUGUAGGCGUCUACUGGGGUCAAGUCAGUACCAUGGGAGCAGAUGCCAUCGUCGACUGGUCGGACGGAAUUUUUGGCGCAGGUGUCGUGUUUACCGACUACAGUACAGUGGGUUGGACGGCAUUACCCCCGGAUUCAAUAACCCUGACAGCAGAUCUGGACCACAUGAGCUUCACCGGCGCAGAAUUCAAUCGUGUUCAGUUGGCUGAGCUUUUAUCCGCGCUUGCGGAGAGGGCCACGCGAAACUCUAGUACGAUGGUUGAAUACGCUCAUCUACGUCCUGAUGUGCUUUUUCCUCACAUUGAAGAACCAAAACUACCUCUGCACCGCAAUGAGAUUGCUCGACAGAUACAACAGCUACUUCAGCCCAAGACUACUCUAUUUGUUGAGACAGGCGAUUCCUGGUUCAAUGGCGUGCAGAUGAGAUUGCCUCGGAGCUGUCGCUUCGAAAUUGAGAUGCAGUGGGGCCAUAUCGGCUGGUCCGUUCCAGCAUCGUUUGGUUAUGCAGUCGGCUCGCCAGAACGUCAGAUCAUCUUGAUGGUGGGAGAUGGCUCAUUCCAGAUGACCGUGCAAGAGGUAUCACAAAUGGUGCGUGCCAGGUUACCGAUCAUUAUCUUUCUCAUGAACAACCGUGGAUACACCAUUGAAGUGGAGAUUCAUGACGGGCUAUAUAACCGUAUCAAGAACUGGAACUAUGCUUCAUUGAUAGAGGCAUUCAAUGCUGAGGAUGGUCAUGCAAAGGGUAUUAAGGCCUCAAACCCGGAACAACUCGCCCAGGCGAUCAAGCUUGCCACGUCCAAUUCGGAUGGUCCGACAUUGAUCGAAUGCGUUAUUGACCAAGAUGAUUGCACUAGAGAGCUUAUCACAUGGGGACACUAUGUCGCGUCAGCCAACGCCCGCCCGCCAGCACACAAAUAGCCUCAACUUCUGUGGCUCGAUGGUGUAGGCGAUACUUUAGCGUUGUGUGAUAAGUAGACAUUAGUGUCAUUUAGGAAAUUACUGGGGAAUUUAAUAAAAGGUGGCU